GAGCCUCACAGCAGCAGCCACCGAUGGCACAGACGAGCAAGCCAUGGCCACCUGGGACGCGCGCAGCCAGUGGCCAGCGACCACGGCGGGCGAAGCGUCGUGGGAGCGGGGCCACGACGCCCCCGCGGGCGCCCCCGGAGACGUGAGCUUGGCUCGUGCGCUGACCGGCUUCGUCCUGUGCGCCCUGAUCGUGUCCACGCUGCUGGGGAACACGCUGGUGUGCGCCGCCGUGGUCAAAUUCCGCCACCUGCGCUCCAAAGUCACCAACUCUUUCGUCAUCUCGCUGGCCGUGUCCGACCUGUUCGUGGCCGUUCUGGUCAUGCCCUGGCGCGCCGUGUCCGAGGUGGCCGGCGCGUGGCUCUUCGGCCGCUUCUGCGACACGUGGGUGGCCUUCGACAUCAUGUGCUCCACGGCGUCCAUCCUCAAUCUGUGCAUCAUCAGCAUGGACCGCUACUGGGCCAUCUCCAGCCCCUUCCGCUACGAGCGCAAGAUGACGCGCCGCUUCGCAUUCGUCAUGAUCGGCGUGGCGUGGACGCUAUCCAUCCUCAUCUCCUUCAUCCCCGUGCAGCUCAACUGGCACCGAGACGCGCGCGCCCUCAACGCCACGGGCGCCACCGCGGAUCAGCGACGUCAGCCGCAGGACGACUGCAACGCCAGCCUGAACCGCACGUACGCCAUCGCCUCGUCGCUCAUUAGCUUCUACAUCCCCGUACUCAUCAUGGUGGGCACGUACACGCGUAUCUUCCGCAUCGCGCAGACGCAAAUCCGUCGAAUCUCCUCGCUGGAGCGCGCACCCGCCGCCGCGCCGGCCCCUCGCGCGCGGGCCUCGGCGCAGGACGAGAGCGCGCUGAAAAGUUCCUUCAAGCGGGAGACCAAAGUGUUGAAGACGCUGUCCAUCAUCAUGGGGGUGUUCGUCUUCUGCUGGCUGCCCUUCUUCGUGCUCAACUGCGUGGUGCCCUUCUGCCAGGCCGCGGAUGCGCCCGGCGCGCCGCCCUGCGUCAGCGACACCACCUUCAGCAUCUUCGUGUGGUUCGGCUGGGCCAACUCGUCGCUCAACCCGGUCAUUUACGCCUUCAACGCCGACUUCCGCAAGGCCUUCUCCACCAUCCUGGGCUGCAACCGCCUGUGCGCCAGCUCGGCCGUGGAGGCCGUGGACUUCAGCAACGAGCUGGUGUCCUACCACCACGACACCACGCUGCACAAGGAGGCCGCCGCCGUCGCGCCUGCCGGCCCCCAGCGCAACUUUGACCAAGUGUCGCUGGUGUCCGACGAUUCUCGGAACCCUGCCGACCCCCUGCUGGCUGCCGCCCUGCAGAGUCGGUGCGAGGCCGACAUCUCGUUGGACGUGACACCCUUCGGUGACCCCUACGCCGACCCCUACGCCGUCCCGGGUCACGUGCAGGACAUGUGAGGGAGGAUUCGUUGCAACCGAGCUUCAUUGACAACGA